GCCUAAGCUGCCAAAAUGGGAGGGAUCAGAAAUUCUGGGGUUGACAUCACCAUCCAGCUGAGCAAGGGGCCGGAAGAAAAGUUGUUUACAGGCUGCCAAAGUGAGGCUGGGAAUGAAAUGAUAAUGUGGCCAUUUCGGGGCCUGGAGGUGAACCGAGCCCCAUGUGACCUGAGCUUCAUGGAGGCCAUCAAUCAGCGCAUGCAGGUGCCCAACAGGCUGAAGAUGGCGGAUGAGUCCAACCCACUGGAUGAGGAGAGAGAAGCUGAGGAGCUUCGCCCUUCCUUCCGGAUGCACAUCCCUGAUAGGCUGUCGCUGGCAGAGAUGAUGGAUGAUAGUCGAAGGCCUUUCCUGUUGGACCAGUUAAGGCAGCACCCCUCUAUUGUUGUGCAUAUGCUUCAGGACCCCUCCACCCAGCCUGCAGGAUUUGGGGAGCACCUGUUUAUGGACACCACUACCCAAUCAGGCACCCAGAAACGCAAGCGAUCGACCCACCAUGGCAGACUGCGAAAGGAGAGAAUGAGAGAGACCCCCCAGAUCGCCUUGCAUAGCACGAGCCGGAAGCCUGACCGGCCAGGCAUAAGCCCACGCCCCAGCCCCAGCCCCCCAUUCCCCCAGGAUGCCAGGAUCUACUCCCCGCAGAACAUUUUCCAGAUGGUGUACUUCCUGGGUCACCUACUCUUCCACCGUGUUAAGAAGUCUGCCCGAGACCGAGCCCAGCCCAGCUCCCAGGAGGCAGGGCCAGCCUCAGAAAGCUCCCUGGAGGAGAUUGGUGUGACUGACAUUAUAGCCAUGAGGAAACAGUUGAACAAGAUCUCGGGGAGGCUGCGGACUCUGGAGGAGCAAUGUACUGGCUGGCGUCAGAAGGAGCUUCUGGUCUACUCUGUGCUAGUCUCUGCAUGUCUCAUCAACACCUGGCUUUGGCUAAGGAGAUAAAGAGCCCUACCCAUCCCAGGAGAGACAGCUUCUCUGUGUGUGUGUAUGUGUGAUGGGGGAAUCCUCACUAGAGUGCUUAUGAACAGUAAACUCAGUGUGCUUCUUAAAGUGACUGGCCCACUUCUCCUAGUGUAGAUUCCCUGAGGAUCUGAGACCUUUGGCCCCUGUUGGAAUGAAGAUGAACAGACGGGGAUGUACCUGCAAUGCUGGAGGAAAUGGGGGUGGGGGGAGGAGUGAGAACUGCAAGGCUGGGUUCUCUUGCCUGUGCCGCCAGUGACUAUGAGGAGAUGUCUGGGAGGGAUGGAGAAAGCUUGCUUAUAAACAAUGAAUUUUGGUCUGUGUCCUGCAGCCAUGUUGCUUUGGGCUGUGACUCUAUAAGAUAUUGACUAUAGUGUUGUAAGCUGGGUUGGGUCAGUACCUGGAUGGGAAGCCUCCAGGGAUAUCCCAGGCACUUCAAGAAGUAGCCUUGGUCGUUCGGUAGGUGGUCCUCUAUUUCCUCGGGAUCUGCACUGAACUGGCACCCCAGCCCGCUGUUAGGGGCUGCUGGGCUGCUAUUGGUUCCAUCUUUCAGAGGAGAGACAAAACUGACGUUCUGGGCACCUGUGGCCAUCCAAAAUUCCACUGCAUUUUGGACAUGAUCAGCCCAGGCCUCCUGGCCAAAUUCCAGCCAAACAACUGGACUUUGACUCCUUAAGAGUCCCCUCUAGUUUUAUUUAGGCCCUUCUGCAUCUCCUGGCCUAAAUUUUAUAUUGGGUGGCUGGACACUUUUAAAUGGUUACUAUGUCUCAUCUCGGGGAAGGCUGCAUUUUUUGUGGUCAGUGUGCAGGUGUUGUCUAGGAGCCUGGACGAUGACUUUGGUAUUUGGGUGUAAAGGGGGAUAAAUGGGAUCUCCCGCUUAGAGCAUAUCAGCUGGAUAAUAGAAUGGUUUAUCAACUCUUGUAGCCCCAUGCAUUCCAGGUGCUGGGCUGGGAUAGAAAAGCAUUGUUCAGGCUCUUUGCUGUGGUAACUGAUGUGGAGCUGUUGUCAGUAAGACAUAUUGAGCAACUGAAGUGGCCCUAAGAUGCUGACAAGGACAAUUCUUGGCUCAUUAUUGGCUAAAAAACUGUCACGUGGUGAUGAGUCUGGAAACUGCUGCCAUCUACCUUCUUGGAUCUCUGCAAUCUUCUCUUUUUGGAACAAUGGUAACCAUUCGGCUCACGUAUGCAAAUCACUUGCUUGGCUCACUUGCAGCCCACCAUGUUUUUUGCAGAGGCAUCUAACUUCACCCCUCAUUUCGAAUGGUGGUUGUGUUCAGCAAUAUCUUUAUAUAGCGCCAACAUGAUAAGCACUUUACAGACCUGUAGGAAGACAAGAGCCCUGCCUCCGAGGGCUUGCAAUCUAAACAGACAAGGUACAAAUCCAAGAAACGGGAUAGAUGGUAUGUAGCAGGAAACAAUGCAACUGAAUGGUGCAUUCUAGUGUGUGCGCUUAUAUCGUAUACUCUACAGCCAUGUAUUGCUGUGAAUGGGGACACUUCCAGUUAGUUUUGAUGUAUGUAUCAUUACAUACACUCAUAUUAUGAGCCAGAAUUUUAGCUCAGUUGUAAGCGGGCCUCUCUUUUUCUAUCUAUAAAUAAACAUGGAUGCAGUUUAGGUCAUUUAGAUGUCUAAGUACCUGAUUUACAGGCACAGGUAUGUAGAGGUUUAAAUGACUUACAUUGUACCAACUAGCCAGGCCUAUAAAUCAGAUACUCGGGCACCUAAAUAAUCGACCCAUAAAUAAUUGUGGGUGCAAACUGUGCCUUGGGACUGAGCUGAGGAGAACAUCAAGAUUUAUUACAGCAGAAGCUGAGAUCUGCUGAUUGUUCAGCUGUCUCAUCAUGAAAUGAUGGUGAGUGUCUGGGGUGGGAUGGCUGUCUGCCUACAGGUGCUUCCUGCAUCUCAAGGUUAAGGAACAUAGGUGAGGGAGUAUGGCAGGGAUCUUCUAGUGCUUCUGUCUGGGUUAUUCUGGGGUGAUUGGAUUUUUAGUCUGCAGGGCUGUCACUCCAGCUUCUCUCAUUUCUUUUUGGGUGGGGCCCCCAAAGGGGACCACCCAUUCCAACAGGGAUCAGAUGGGCCUGCUCUUCUCACUGUAUCACUCCAGUCGCAUGUAAUGUCAAGAAAGAAUCUGCUACUAUUUUGCUGUGUGUGUGUGUGCUCUUGUGGCGGUCCCUACCCCGAGAAGAGGAGAUGUUUGCAGUAGGAAGCCGUGCUUUCCAGUCCAGGCUAGAGACUGAUCCUGUGGGGCAUCCAGUGCCCUCACGCUCUUUGAAAUCAUUUGGAGUAGGGGUCGCUCAGCAACUUGCAGGAUCAGGCUUGUUGUGCCUACUCAGAAGGCAAUUGGUGAGCAGCCACCAGGGGUGAAAUAUGGAUUUAUUUUGUAUAAGGCAAAUGUCCUGCUGUUCGUAUGUGUAUAUGAUAUUUCCAGAUUUAAUCAAUAAAAUGCAUUUUUAAACAAAGG